AUGCCCCUUGUGCAGAAGCCUGACUUACUCUCUUUAGGAUCGACUUGGCGGGUGCGCUCGUACGGGGACCUGCGAAAGCUGCUGCAACGACAGCUGGACAAGGGCAAAAUUCCGGACAUUGUGGAGUGUGUGAAGCAGGCUUCCUGCCUCAGUCAGGGAAUGAAGUACCAGUUCGCCACUGGGAACUGGGGUCAGGACAAGUCGGGGAAGCCAGUUCGAACUGGUAUUUCCCAGGGAUUGAACCGCCUGACCUUCAUGGCGACGCUGUCCCACCUCAGGCGGAUGAUCACACCUUUGGCUCGCUCAGGGAAGCUUGUCAAGCCCAGGCAGCUCCACAACACACACUGGGGUUUGGUGUGCCCUGCGGAGACGCCCGAGGGACAGGCCGUGGGCUUGGUGAAGAACAUCUCGCUGAUGUGCUGGAUUACGCUCGGGUCGGCACAGACCAUCAUCGAGGACUUCCUAGACGAAUGGGGGGUGCUGGACCUGAUGGAGUGCACUCCCGACCACAUCAAAACCUACUCCAAGGUGUUCCUGAAUGGAAUUUGGGUGGGCAUGCACAAGAACCCUGCGGAAUUGAGGAACACUCUUCAGAGCCUGCGGCGCCGAAAAGACAUCGACUCUGAGGUGUCUAUCCAGCAGGACCUGAAGAACAAUGAGAUCCGGAUUGCCUCGGAUUGCGGGAGGUGCUCACGUCCUCUGUACAUCGUGGAUUAUGAGCGGCAAAAGGUCUUGAUCAACAGCACCCAUGUCGAGAAGGUGAAGAGUGGGGAGUGGGAGUGGGGGACGCUGAUGCGUGAAGGACUGAUUGAGUACCUGGAUGCCGAAGAGGAGGAGUGCUCCAUGAUCGCGAUGUUCGUUCACGAUCUGGUCAAGACCAGGGCCUACUGCAAGACCUACACCCAUGCGGAGAUUCAUCCAGCCAUGAUCUUCGGCAUCUGUGCAUCCAUUAUUCCAUUCCCGGAUCACAACAUGAGUCCCAGGAAUGUAUUCCAAUCCGCAAUGGGCAAGCAGGCGAUUGGCGUCUUCGGCACGAAUUUCUAUGCAAGAAUGGACACGUUUGCAUGCGUGAUGUGCUAUCCGAUGAAGCCGUUUGUGGGAACGCGGUCCAUGAACUACCUGCGCUUCCGGGAGAUGCCAGCGGGUGUGAACACCAUCGUCAUGAUUAUGUGCUAUACAGGCUACAACCAGGAAGACUCCUUGAUGUUGAGCCAAUCUGCUGUGGAUCGCGGUUUCAUGAGAGCGGUCUCGUACAGAUGCUACGCUGCAGAGGAGAAGUUUGAAGGAAAGAAGCCUGUCGACCAGUUUGGCCGACCGCAGGACCUUCGGUGUUUGGGCAUCAAGAACGGUGACUACAGCAAGUUGGAUACUGAUGGCCUUGCCCGUCCUGCAACCCGGAUUCUGGGUGAUGACGUGCUGAUUGGUCGCACAUCUAUGCUUCCGCCUGACAUGAUGCGGGAGGACGAGGUGGGGCCGAAGAAGUUUGACAGAAAGGACAGCUCCAUCCUUUGCCGAACGGCCGAAAGUGGUAUCGUGGACCAGGUGAUGGUCAGCAUCAAUAAGGAUGGGUACAAGUUCACGAAGGUUCGCCUCAGAACUCUGAAAAUUCCGGAGGUCGGGGACAAGUUUGCAUCGCGGCACGGCCAGAAAGGAACGUUGGGCAUCAUGUACCGUCAGGAGGAUUUGCCCUUCACGCACUUUGGGAUCACACCUGACAUCAUCAUGAACCCACAUGCCAUCCCUUCCCGGAUGACGAUUGGCCACUUGGUCGAGCAGCUCACCGGAAAGGUUGGUGCGUUGGUCGGCUGCCAGGGGGAUGCCACGCCCUUCACUCGUGUGACCGUGAAGGAUAUCUCGGGCAGGCUACAUGACAUGGGCUACCAGCGCUUUGGGAACGAAAAGGUUUGGAAUGGACACACUGGACGCCCCCUCACCAACAAGAUCUUCGUGGGGCCUGUGUAUUACCAGCGCCUGAAGCACAUGGUGAGUGACAAAGUCCAGUCAAGAUCCCGUGGACCGGUGCAGACCCUGGUGAGACAGCCAACAGAAGGCCGUGCCAAAGAAGGCGGCCUGCGAUUUGGAGAGAUGGAACGCGAUUGCAUCAUCUCGCAUGGAGCAGCCAAAUUCCUGAAGGAACGGCUUUUCGACGUCUCCGAUGCACACAGAGUGCAUGUGUGCGACAAGUGUGGUCUGUUUGCGAUCGCACGGUUGAGUAAAGAUACGUACGAGUGCAAGCUCUGCAAGGACGCUGCAAGAGUGUCUCAGGUCUGCCUCCCGUACGCCUGCAAGCUCAUGAUCCAGGAGCUGAUGACGAUGAACAUUCUGCCGCGCCUGACCUUGGUCGUGCAGUGA